AUGGCGCAAGGUCCUUCGAUUGUCGUUGGCGUGGAUUUUGGGACAACCUUCAGUGGAGUUGCUUGGGCUUUCAAAGAAUCAGCCGGCGAGAUCGAGGUGCUGUCCACCUGGCCUGGUGGAGGUAACAGAACCUCAGUGAAAGUCCCCUCCACUAUAUCCGGUGAAGCCCGAACCGCCAGCUGGGGCUAUCAAGUUGGCCCAUUCAUGGAUGCCUUGAGAGGCAUCAAGCUGAUUCUCGACGAGGAACAGGAGACAAUGUAUUCGCCGUCCCUCUGCUCGAAGAAAUUGCUCGCCAUUCUUGACAAGGAUGCCGUCUAG